UGCUGUGUCCUUGGCUGAAAAAUGGCCACCAAUUUCUUAGUGCAUGAGAAAAUCUGGUUCGACAAGUUCAAGGAUUAUGAUGCAGAAAGGAAAUUCUACGAGCAGAUGAAUGGGCCUGUGGCUGGUGCCUCCUGCCAGGAGAAUGGUGCCAGCAUGAUCCUCCGUGACAUUGCAAGAGCCAGAGAGAACAUACAGAAAUCCCUGGCUGGAAGCUCUGGCACUGGGGUCUCCAGUGGGCCUGGUGGAGACCAUAGUGAGCUUGUUGUCCGGAUUGCCAGCCUGGAAGUGGAGAACCAGAACCUGAGAAGUGUGGUGCAGGAUCUGCAGCAGGCCAUCUCUAGACUGGAGGCCCGGCUGAACACCCUCGAGAAGAGCUCACCCAUCCAUCGAGCCACAGCCCCACAGACCCAGCACGUGUCUCCCAUGCGCCAAGUGGAGCCCCCAGCCAAGAAGGUGGCCACACCAGCAGAGGACGACGAGGACAAUGACAUUGACCUAUUUGGCAGCGAUGAGGAGGAGGACAAGGAGGCGGCCCGGCCGGAGGAGAGGCUAAGGCAAUAUGCAGAAAAAAAAUCCAAGAAGCCCACACUGGUGGCCAAGUCUUCCAUCCUCCUGGAGGUCAAACCUUGGGAUGACGAGACUGACAUGGCCAAGCUGGAGGCCUGCGUGCGCUCUAUCCAGCUGGACGGGCUGCUCUGGAGUGGUUCCAAGCUGGUCCCAGUGGGUUACGGCAUCCGCAAGCUGCAGAUCCAGUGUGUGGUGGAAGAUGACAAGGUGGGCACCGACUUGCUGGAAGAGGAGAUCACCAAGUUUGAGGAGCAUGUACAGAGUGUGGACAUUGCAGCUUUCAACAAGAUCUGAAGCCGAGGGCGCAUGUGUGCAAGGGAGGCCCUGCCAAGAUUAAAAACUGAGACUCC